AUGAAGAAUUUUGGGUGGAGUUCGGAUAGUGAUGAUGUUGAGAUACUAACGAGUAGAAACUUUUCUAUUGACGAUGAAAUUGUGGAAAAGCAAUGUGAUGUGAAUGUGGGAGAUGGAUUGGAAAGGACAGAUGGCGUGAAUUUGGGAGAUGGAGAUGGAGAUGGAGUGAAUGUGAAAGAUAGAGAUGGAGUCAAUUUAAUUUCCACUUCUAGUAGUGGACUUUUUGAACCAUUCAUUGGGAAGGAGUUUGAUGAAGUUGAGGACGCCCAAGCAUUUUAUAAAGCAUAUGCAAGAAAGAAAGGAUUUGCAAUGAGGACUAAUCAUAUGCAAUUAUCAAGAGGGGACAAAAAAUUAAUUGGAGUACACUAUGUUUGUACAAGAGAAGGAUUUAGGUGUGAAAGCCUCAAACAGAAAGAAAGAAAAAUUUUCGAACCUGCUGAAACAAAGAUUGGGUGUAAGGCUACCAUGUGUAUAAAAAAAAUGGUGAAAGGUGGAUAG